AUGACGGCAACGUGGUGUCUCCGCAUGAUGGUGCUCAGCGCGCUCGUGGCGGUCGCCGCUGCCGACAACCGGUACGAGGCUGACGGCACGCCGUCGAUGCAGCUCGUCGUUCUUGGCCUGCCUGUCUGGGCGUGGAUCCUCAUCGGCUGCGUCCUCUUGGCCGGCGCCGGCUACGGCCUCUAUCGCCACCUCGAGAAGAAGAUGGCAGCGGAAGACGCUGCGCUUCCUAUCGUCUAUAUUGAAGCCAAGACGACAAAGGCCUCGCCGGCCAUCGUGCUCACCGACGCCGCAUCCGUCGCGCUCGCGCAGCCUGCGCCGCCGCCCCACGUCGUCGUCUAA